AAAUUUUCGAAAUUUUUAUAUAAACUUUUAUGUGCUAUAGCUUUGUAUUUGAAAGAGGAAAAUUAUAUUGAAAUAGUAAAGGAAUAUUUGAACACACUUUAAAAUGAACAUCCUAAAAGGUCUAACGAAAAUCAAGUCAAGUUUUGCGCGUUUUAUUGAGACGACAAACAACUUCAUGUGGGUGCAACGCAAUGAAAAGUUUGCUGAUAAACGUUUGGUUGUUGAGCAAUUAACGGACAGAGUUUUAGUGCGAGUAAAAGGAGAAGAGGUUGUGCCCUUCUUGCAAGGACUCAUAACAAACGAUAUGACUCAUCUGCAAUCGGGCAGUACACCUCUUCCUAAAACUUCUGCAAUGUACACAAUGUUCCUUAAUAAGGCCGGCAGAGUACUGUAUGACUCUAUAAUUUAUCGUACGCCAGAGCCGAACACUUACCUAAUUGAGUGUGAUAAAUUUAUAUCAAACGAAUUACGUCGACAUUUGCGUCUCUAUCGCGUAAGACGAAAUAUUCAAAUUGAUGCAGUUGAUGGAGAAUACAGACCAUGGAUCGUUUUUAAUCCAGUUGGAAGCGUCGUUCGAAUGGACACAAGUGUUCAAGUGGGACAAGAAGUCAUUUCUACUCCAGAUCCUCGCAUACGUGACCUAGGUACACGUGUCAUAACCAAAACUGAUAAAACAUGGAAAGAUUUAGCAAACAUGUUUUCUAAAUCCGGCGACAUUACGGUAGCAAAACCUACCAACGACUGCAACUAUCGCAUGCAUCGUUAUCGUUAUGGCGUUGGAGAAGGUGUUCAAGACCUUCCGCCAGGCAAGAGUUUUCCAUUGGAAGCUAAUUGUGAUUAUAUGCAUGGCGUAAGCUUUCAUAAGGGAUGCUAUCUUGGCCAGGAGUUAACGGCACGAGUCCACCAUACAGGAGUAGUGCGAAAGCGUAUAAUGCCUUUGCGAUUGUCUGUUCCGGCUUCACCAAAAUCAAUAAAUAUCUCAACUGAAGCAGGCACCAAUAUUGGUGUAAUUCGCGGAGCAAAUUUAGAUAGGGCUUUAGGACUUUUGCGUGUAGAACAAGCUUUAGGUUCAACCAAAUUAUUUGUAGAUGGCAAUAUAUGCUACGUAGAAAAACCGUACUGGUGGCCAUCUGAAUUGCCAAAAAAAGCUAGAGUUGAGGGUUGCUAAAUUUUGAAUUUUCUAAACUCUACUCUUAUAUUUUUACUUAUUGUUAACUAGUGGUUAGUAGUUGUUGGCGAUUGUUAUGUAACUUCGAGUUAUCUAUAAUGAUAUGAUGUU